GAGAACAUUCGUUUCAACAAGGUUAUUUAGGCGCAUCUCCUGAUGUUUUUGUGACUGGUGUCUUACACGUUCGUUAUACAAGCAAAAACCCUAUAUUUGCCAAAAAAAUAGUGGUUUCGUUUGUUGGCAAAGAGUAUGUUCUCUUUUCAGGCACCUUAGAAGAAGGUCAAAAAAUCAAAGAAGACGAUGACUUUUCUGAUAAUGAUGACGUUUCAACCGAAACUUUAUCCGUCCAUACUGCAAGGCGAACAAUUUAUAAAUCUUCUGUUUGUUUAUGGAGGUCUCAAAGCAAAGGUUCUUAUGAAGGUGUAGGGGAAUUAGACUUACCGUUUCGAUUUAAACUUCCAAAAAACCUCCCUCCUUCUUUAUCUAUAAACAAAGGUUGUGGAAGAAUAUACUAUAUGCUUAAAGCAAUAAUAUCACGUCAACCUAUAGAUCCUAAUUCUCGAAACUAUAAAAAAAAGAUAAAGACCUUUUGCCCUAUUGUUCGUUAUACCAUUACACCACCGUUGGCGCCUUCUCGUUGGAAUGUAAAGCAAGAAGAUUCAGCUUUACUACAUGCUGUUGGAUAUGAUGUUUCUUUAAGUCACUCAACUUUUGGUGCCGGUGAAUGCGUCGUUGUUCCUGUAAAGCUAAUUUUCUAUGAACCACAGAUUUAUCUUAGAAAGAUAUUUGUUGGUAUAAAAGAAUAUCACGAAUUACGAACAAACAAAUAUGAAACCACAACCAAAAAAUAUAUUGUUAAAGAAACUAUUGACGCUCAAUCCAUUCCUAAUUCUUCCAGCACCGGUAAUGAAUAUUCGGUAGACGUCAAACUUUCAAUGCCACACUCUCGAAAUCUUGCCUACAGUGUAGAUUCAACUUAUAUUACUGUCGCACAUAGAAUUAAGGUGAAAAUUCAUCUUGGAAAAGCACCCAACAUUAAUUUAUCUAAAUUUAUCAACAUUUCAAAUGUGGUUAGUAAAAGAGAAUUACCUCCUCCAAAAGCUGAAACGUCUUCUGCUAUUCAAAAAAAGCCGUCAUUUAAAUCGGAUAUUCGUCCUCAAAUAAAGAAAAUUGAUUCGGAAAUAUCGAAACAAUUGUCAUCAUUGAUUCCAAUGUUCACAAAGAUUCAUAUUAUCGAUUCAAAGAAUCAAAAACGUAUUUCUAUGAUGCAACUUCAUCUCACUGACCCUGACAAUCCUAAUAUUGUAUUCAAUUCAAGAUCUCUUAUUUGUUCUCCCUAA